AUGGGAACCCGGCCCUUGGCCGCUGCCGGAACGGACGUUUUACCCGCCCGAGCCCAUAGCCGUACCGUCGACCAUCCCAAGGAUACCGACGAGCACGCGGGUCAAAGCGUGGACCGACAGCGACAUCAAUCCCUCUACGGGCUGAUCCCCAGCGAGAUCCGUGAAGUUAUCCUGGCGUAUGCACUCACCGAAACUGCGGUGCCUCAUCCAUUGGCUCUGUCCCACGACUUUGACGUCCAGCCCGGCCAUCCGCCCCUAUCGGCGGCUGAGCUUUACCAAGCAGCGCGUGUGUCUCUGUCGGAUGAGGCCUCAGGAGGCGGGCGUCACCGGUACGACUCCGAUGCCUCAGACCCAGGCGAAGGCUGGCUACGGCCCGACCACACCGGCCCGCCAAAGAUCUGCUGCGCGCUCCUCCGCACCUGCCGCCGUAUCUAUCUGGAAGCCAGCCAUUACCCGCUCCUGCACGCCGAACUCACCACCCAUGCCGAGCCCGGAGCGGUUCGCCCACACCGUCCCCGCCCGCAUCCCACCAAGAUCCGCCGCCUCCGGCUGUACGCACCGCUCACCUGGCUGCACCGCAACUUCGUCGCCCAGGUGCGCGACUCCUUCCUCUGGCGGACCUGCGUGCUCCGGCACUACCCUUCCUCGCUCUUCCAGCCCCCGCGGCUACGCCUCUUCGACACCAUCCGCGUCCUCCACCUGAGCAUCCGCGCCUUAGACUGGCAGUACCACGACCUCAACUGGCCGCUGGCCAUCAACCCAUUUGCCAACUGGGACGGCUUCCCGAACAAGUCGGGCAUGGAAGCCACCAUGGCACAACCACCGGGCCGUCGUCUGCGCCCGCAAUACUCGUCCUGGGCCACCGCCAUCGCGCUGAUCCCUUGCCUGCACACUCUGGCCAUCGACUUCGAGACCACCGAGGACAAGCGCGCCGAGCUGGAGCGCAUCGUGCGCUGGGCGGUGCGCGCCUGGCGCUUCGUCGUGCUGCGCAACCCGCCCCGCGUGCGCGUGCCCUUUCCCAGGUGGCGCGCGUCCGCGUCGCCCAUGCCGCCGCUCUGA